AUGAAGAACGUUCUUAUCCAUAAGGGAUCAACAUACAAGACUCGCAGUAACAGGAGGGUAAGGGUUAGGACGCCGUCUGGGAAGCUCGUCAACCGCCGUACCAAGAAGUAUUCCAAGAAGCACAGAUGCCAUGAAUGCAAUGCUGUCCUAGGAAGCAUAGCUCGGAUGAGACCUGCAGAGUUUUCACGUCAGAAGGUUUCUGCAAGACGUGUCAACAGAGCCUAUGGAGCGACACACUGUGGCAGGUGUGUCAGGGAGAAGAUAAUUGGCGCCUUCCUUGCUGAUGAAGAAAGGAUAGUCAAGGAGAAGACUGGGAUGAAUAUUGGGAUGGCCAUUGGUGGAUAA